AUGGCGUCCGACGGCGGUACCGAGUUUGCAAGUGACGACAGCGUUGGCAGCGGGGCUUUCGGCUCUACGGGCAGCGACUUUACGUCACUCUCCACCACCGGCAGUGGUGGCGCCGGCAGUAGCGGGAGCUUCCCAUCGAUCUACCACCAGUCGGCCGCCGGGGGAAAUCAGCUGAUUGGAAGCGAUCCGAACAAUGGCGAUUUGGAUGGUAGUGGUGGAGGAGCAGGAGGAGCCACCGGUGGGGAUGGCAAAGGCAAGGGCCGUAAAAAGCUACGGCUGCUGAAGCCAAAGCUCAAACAGCUGUACGACAUGGAAGUGCUGCCAGCGGAGUACAUGGGACCAAAGAUUGAAUAUACUGUGAACCUCCCACGGGUGACCGCCCAGUUGGAAAAGCUGAUGGGGACCAAUGUGGUACGCCUCGCGGACCGGAAGUACAUGCAGGAGCUGCAGCGUCGCAUCCAGCAGGAUUACAAUGUCACCCUGGAGAAACGAAUCAGCGAACGUGAGUACGAUGAGCUCGAGCGUCAAAAAUACCUGAUCCUGAAUGGCCAAUACAGUUGGCACAAUUGUCCUCACCGUCUGAUUCCGCUGCACAGUGUCGUUUUGGCCAAGGAGCUCGAGAGGGAACGUAACCUCAUCCUUUCCGGAGCCGGAGACUCCAUCCCGGAUGAUAUGAGCAGUUCGGUUUUCACGGUCAACAAAAAAACAAACCAACACAUCUGCAACAAACGCGAAAAGCUCAAAACCAUCCGCGAGAAGAACGCCGAACGGUUGAUUAAACAGGGGCUCCGAUGGGAACGGGAGCGUCUCCAGAUGGAGGACCACAACCGUCAGAAAGAAAUCGAACGCAAAUCCCGGCGAGAAGCGCUGCUCGAAAAGGAAAAGCUCUACAUGAUUGAGGAUAACGAGCGAGCUUUGAAUUUGCUGCGAAUGAAAACAAAAAAGGGUCCCUGUCGAGAUAUGGAUUUGCGAACGCUGUUGAUGCAACAGCGGGAAGAAUUGGGACAGAAAAUCCAGCAGCGUGAUUUCGAUUUGAACGAUGACAAACGAAUGGAUGCCGACAGGAGCAAGGAGAAAAAACAACGCCGUAAGAAGCAUGCAGCUAAGAAGGGAGCGGAUACGCAGCUUUCCUCCCCGGAGGAAGGUUAUAGCUCGAUGAACCAGCCGGCCAGUGAUAUGGAAACUUCGAUUAUGAUCAAAAUUGAUAAGGACAGCAAGGACUCCGGUGAUGACACGGAUGCACUGGAUGACGUUAGUACGGCUGAGGUUUCGGAGGUAGCCGGUGGAUCGGAGGCCGAGGACGCCGAAGCAAGUGAGGCUGCGGACGCGCUGGAUCCGGCGGAAGUAGCAGAAGCGGAAGCCAUGAAGGAAGAGUUAAACAAGGCUCUGGAGAAGAAAAAGGUAAAGGCACGUAAUGAGGAUCCCAAAAUUACCAGAUUGAAGGAGGCUGACACGGUAAACGAAAUUUACAGCAUUGCUGAUGAGAUAAUUGUUUUGGAGAAGAAGAAAACUAAGAAAGGCUUUGGAAUGAAGUAAGUGCUGGUUUAGUUUGUGGCCUAGCAGAAUUUUAGUCCUGUUAUGUGCUCGGUGGGCGCAUGUAAAAUUGAUUGUGAUAACAAAUGACCCAACUUAGAAUAGUUCAAUUUAUGGGAAAUAAAACAAUGUUGAACAGUUUUAAAAA